AUGUCCACUGACCAAGCCGUUAUUAAGAGAAAGCUCCUUAAUGUUGCCACUACUGGCAGAUUUGCCACUUUUACACCACAAGAAAUAAACAACCAUACCAAACAGCUCAAAUCUUAUCUUCAAAACCACCAGGACAAAUUAGAUUCAAUUGAGUUAUUUCAACUUUUUGAAUUAGACUUUUACUUGUCAUUAAUCACGGGCCACGAUAUUGAAGCGAAAGCAGUUCUUGAGAGAUUAAACGACCAAUUUGGCAACAAAGUUUCAUCGCAGCGUAUUAAGCUCCUCAAGUCCAUCUACUUUGAAGCAAUCGGCGACUUGAAAUCGGCGGGGGAGAUCCUCAGUGAGGACCCAGAUGAGCUACAAUUGUCGAGGAGACUAACUACAAUGUCUCGGCACGCUGAUGACUUGAAGUACAUCAACAAUCUCGUCUACUACUUAAACCUUGCACCUGGUGAUGUUGUUGCAUGGUGCGAAUUGGCUGAUGAAUAUGCUAAAUUGAAGGAAUUCAGCAAAGCCAUCCAUUGUCUCAAAAGGGUUCUCGUAAUAGAGCCCGAUGCUUACACUGUGUUUAACAAAAUAGCAUUAUUGUAUCGUCUUUCAUCAAUUGACUCUAAAAAGGAUAAAAGUGCAUUGUUACAAUCAAGUGUGAAGGAGUACUUGCGCUCUAUCGACAUCAACAAGAAUAAUAAGUCUACGUGGGAAGGGUUGUACUCAACAAUUCAUGAAAUGGAAGGAAGUAGUGAAAAGGAAACAAUGAUGACGAUUUGUGAACGGGAAAUAAAUAGAUUAAUCUAA